AUGAUCUGGCUGAGCUUUGUGGCUGCACUGGCUUCUCUCCGGGCCGGCGUGGCCUUCCCCCGCAGUGCGCCGGCCGAAGCAUGUGAAUCUUUGCUUCCGAGGCAUUUUGGUACAGAGCCCCAGGGGCCUCAGCAUUCCCCUUACUCUUUUUUAGCCUCUUCAAAGUAUUAUCACUACCGGAUGGAUGGCAUUCAAGUGCAGCUAACCGGACCUCGUUUUAAAGGGUUUUUAAUAGCAGCUAUGGAUCCUGAAACGCAUGAAAGGAUAGGAGACUGGUAUAAAGUAAAAGGCACACAUACGUUACCUUGCUCAGCAAUUAGUCAUGCAGAUCCUUUACCAAAGAAGAGAGUUAUUUUGCUUUGGAAGCCACCGAAAGAUAGGCCAAAAGGAGAAGUUAUAUUUGUGGCAACAGUUCUGCAAUCAUAUGACAGUUAUUACUCCGGAAUAGUGGCUGGAAUCCCACCAUCUGGAGAACACGAUAAUGAUUAAUCGCUCAAGAAUUAUAUUGUAGAUAUUUAUAUAUUAUUUUGUACUUUUAUUCAGCGCCAGUACAUUAUGUUUUGUACAGUUUUGUUCGU